CGAAAGACAGAGUGCGAAGUUAUUGACACUCAUCGCAUAAACCGCGUUUAUUUUACAUCCGAGAGCUUCGCUACGCUCGGAAGUCAGCUAAGCACAGCGCUGGGAAUCGCGGAGAAACGGUUUGGAGUGAGAAACGAGCCUCAGCUGGUGUACCAUUUUCGUGUUCCUCUAUACCACACUGGGGACGACGCGUGGUGCACCGAUUUCUGGCAGAUUUGCUUGGCUUUGUGUCACAUGUUUAUGGCAUGUGACCGUGAUUGCGCUGUGCACUUCGCAAGUCUGGCAUCAGGGAAGAGACGAAGUCCUAUGUUUCAUUCCAGCCUACAGCGAUGAGACACUGCAGCCCCUUCCAUUUGGAGCUCCCGACGUACGGGGAUUGUCGGCCUGCGCGUGUGAAGACGAGAUUAUAUAUGAUGUCAGGAGCUAGAAGCCCCGAUCACGCUCCACCGAUCUUGAAUGUGGACUGUCUUGACUGCCAUGAAUUCUCAAGUCGAAGACGAGACCCAUGGCGGCCUGCACUCCGCGCCCCCGUUCCACGCGGCCAAAGCGCUCACCCGGCGAGCAUACCACCCUGAUCCGCCCGCCAACCGCUCGCCGUGGGUGAUGUGGGUUGGGAACGUGCCCAAGGACACGACGACGGACGAGCUGCUGUGCUUCUUCUCCUCCCCGGCGUGCGGCGAGGGCGGGCACCCGGGCUGGCCCCCGUCCGCCUUUCAGCAGACGCACGGCGUGCACUCGGUGUUCCUCAUCUCGCGCUCCAACUGCGCGUUCGUCAACUACGACAGCGAUGCGCAGCUGCGUGCGGCGGUGGCGCGGUUCGACGGGGCGACGCUGCGGCCGGCGAGCACGCUGAAGCUGGUGUGCCGGGUGCGGAACGAGGAGGACAAUCUGCGGGCCGGGGUCGGUGGGCAACGAGGGAUGGGGCUUCAUCGGCAGUGGAUCGAGGAGCAGCGGGGUGACAGCGGGAUGUCAUCGAGCACGGAAGGGUCGCAGUCGACGUCAUCCAGUAUGCUGCAAGCGCAUUUCCCGCACCGGUAUUUCAUCCUCAAGGCUCUAUCGCAGGACGACUUGGACACGUCUGUUCAAACCGGGUCAUGGACGACUCAAAAGCACAACGAGGGCGUGCUCGUUCAAGCGUUUCGCACAGCCAAGGACGUUUUUAUCUUCUUCAGUGCUAACAAGAGCGGUCGGUUCUACGGCUAUGCCCGGAUUGCGGGUAUCGAGGACAACUCGGCACCUGUGCGACCGUCAACUCUCAAAAUGCUCAGCUCGCAACAUCAAGUCGACCGAUCGCCUAGCCCGCUUCCAGACGAUCACGACCCAAUGCAGCAGCCACCUUCUCUUCUUCAAUCUGUUUCUGCUCCCCCCAUCUUGGCCGACAAGCAAACGAACAAAGAGCCGCUGGGGAUCAAAUUCAGCCUCGAUCAGCACCUGGCACGGAAGGUCAUGAGCCAUUCCAUGGAUGCUCCCGCUGCUGAGCCGGAGCCCGAGUACCACGGCGGCGGCGGCGGCGGGGAGGACGAAGAGGACGGCAACAGCGAACCUCGUCAGUUUCGGCUGGAGUGGAUCGACACGCGACCGGUCCCGUUCCAGCGCACCAAAGACAUCCGAAAUCCGUGGAACGGGGAUCGGGAAGUCAAGAUCUCAAGAGAUGGGACCGAACUGGAGCCGUCCGUUGGGGCGGCGUUACGGAGAGCGUGGGAUGCGCUGCCGUGAUUCCUGUGGCUGACUCUGGGCUGUUAUACACGCGCACUAGGUAGUAUUUGUGGCUUGAGGUCUUUCUCCCUGUCUGUGAAUCUUCGAUUUGUGAUUUAUUCAUUCAGCCUUUGUAAGAUGGCG